AGGAACUUUUACAGAUACUGAAUCGACUACGCAGAGGAGUAGAACGCGGAAAUAAUUUUUUCCCCCAACACUGGAAGCAAUUCGCCAUGUGCCUCCUUUUUGUUUUCAUUCUUUUUUUUAUUUCAAAUGUUGGUAGUCAGGCACUGAUGAAGUUAAGUCUUCAAACUGGAGCGACAGUUACCAUCCCAUGUCGUUAUGAUAGUAUAUAUAUAACCCAUAAGAAAUACUGGUGCUCUAAUGAUCAUUCAACAUUCAGUUCCUGCACAAUUCAGGCGUAUGCCAAUGAAAUAAAGAGGAGACUGACAGUGACCGAUAACCCAGCUGAGAGUUUCUUUACUGUGACUCUGAAAGAUCUUCAGACAGAAAACACUGGAUGGUACUGGUGUGCUGUAGAGAUAUAUGGAGCAGAUGUCAGUGAAGGCCUUCAAAUCACAGUGAAAUCAGAUCCUGAUCUGUCAGUGAGGGAGAGAAGAGUGAGAGGUGAGGAAAGAGGCAGCGUCACAGUCCAGUGUCUCUACAGCGCUGCGUAUCAGAAUACACAGAAAUGGUGGUGCAGAUUCAAAGACAGGCAGUGCUGGACAUUUAGAAAGACUGAAACAUCCCAGGAUCCAUCAGUGCAGCUCAGUGAUGAUGGGAAUAGUUCCUUCAGUGUGAUGAUGAGUGGACUGAAGAAGAGUGAUGCUGGCUGGUACUGGUGCAGUGCAGGAUAUCUGCAGGUUCCUGUUCACAUCAGUGUCACUGAUUCACCUCCAGUGCCUACAACCACUCACCAAAUCAAUACUUACAAAUCUGUCUCAAGUCACAAUUCAGCAGCGCCUGUGACUUCAGUCCCCAGCAGUGAUAAAACCAUAAAGCAGUUCCUGGUUACCGAUGUCGUAAUUGCUCUCAUUCCUCAGGGUUUGAUGGGUCGGUUGUCCACCACGAGAGCCAGUGCAGUUCUGUAUCGCAGACAACUGAAGUAUGUGAUCUUGCAAGCAGAAAUAAGAAAAUAUUUUCUCAAAAUUAGUGUUUUUUCUUUUCUCUGUGCAGGUGUUGGUAGUCAGGCACUGAUGAAGUUAAGUCUUCAAACUGGAGCAACAGUUACCAUCCCAUGUCGUUAUGAUAGGAAACAUAUAACCCAUAAGAAAUACUGGUGCUAUAAUGAUCAUUCAACAUUCAGUUCCUGCAAAAUUCAGGCGUAUGCCAAUGAAACAAUGGAGAGAGUGACAGUGACUGAUAACCCAGCUGAGAGUUUCUUUACUGUGACUCUGAAAGAUCUUCAGACAGAAAACACUGGAUGGUACUGGUGUGCUGUAGAGAUAUAUGGAGCAGAUGUCAGUGAAGGCCUUCAAAUCACAGUGAAAGCAGAUCCUGAUCUGUCAGUGAGGGAGAGCAGAGUGAGAGGUGAGGAAAGAGGCAGCGUCACAGUCCAGUGUCUCUACAGUGCUGCGUAUCAGAAUACACAGAAAUGGUGGUGCAGAUUCAAAGACAGGCAGUGCUGGACAUUUAGAAAGACUGAAACAUCCCAGGAUCCAUCAGUGCAGCUCAGUGAUGAUGGGAAUAGUUCCUUCAGUGUGAUGAUGAGUGGACUGAAGAAGAGUGAUGCUGGCUGGUACUGGUGCAGUGCAGGAGAUCUGCAGGUUCCUGUUCACAUCAGUGUCACUGAUUCACCUCCAGAGAGCCAGUGCAGUUCUGUAUCGCAGACAACUGAAGUAUGUGAUCUUGGUGACAUCGAGAAUUUAAGAAGCUGGAAUGUUCGACUUAAACGUUUAUUUUCAUACAAACAGCACAAUACUGAAUCGACUACGCAGAGGAGGAGAACGCGAUUUUUUUCCCCCCAACAUUGGAACCAAUUCGCCAUGUGCUGCCUUUUUGUUUUCAUUCUUUUCAUUCCAUGUGUUGGUAGUCAGGCACUGAUGAAGUUAAGUCUUCAAACUGGAGCAACAGUUACCAUCCCAUGUCGUUAUGAUAGGAAACAUAUAACCCAUAAGAAAUACUGGUGCUAUAAUGAUCAUUCAACAUUCAGUUCCUGCAAAAUUCAGGCGUAUGCCAAUGAAACAAUGGAGAGAGUGACAGUGACUGAUAACCCAGCUGAGAGUUUCUUUACUGUGACUCUGAAAGAUCUUCAGACAGAAAACACUGGAUGGUACUGGUGUGCUGUAGAGAUAUAUGGAGCAGAUGUCAGUGAAGGCCUUCAAAUCACAGUGAAAGCAGAUCCUGAUCUGUCAGUGAGGGAGAGAAGAGUGAGAGGUGAGGAAGGAGGCAGCGUCACAGUCCAGUGUCUCUACAGUGCUGCGUAUCAGAAUACACAGAAAUGGUGGUGCAGAUUCAAAGACAGGCAGUGCUGGACAUUUAGAAAGACUGAAACAUCCCAGGAUCCAUCAGUGCAGCUCAGUGAUGAUGGCAAUAGUUCCUUCAGUGUGAUGAUGAGUGGACUGAAGAAGAGUGAUGCUGGCUGGUACUGGUGCAGUGCAGGAGAUCUGCAGGUUCCUGUUCACAUCAAUGUCACUGAUUCACCUCCAGUUUCUCCGAAUUUGACCACAACAACAGAAUCAGGUCUAAAUCAAGGUGGUUCCAUGCCUGCGACUCUGCCUGUCUGGGUCCUGGUGGCUGUGGGACUGGGGCUACUGCUCAUUCUCGUCAGCACUGUAAUUUACCUGCACGUGAGAAAGACAUCCAAGAAGGAAAAUCGAACGAGGACCAGAGUGAAGAGCAAUGACUCCACUGCUCACACACCACCGUCAGCACUGGAUCGUGAAGUAGAUGUGACCUACACCUCUGUGUUCAAAGCAACCAAAAAUCAAACUCAUUCUCUGAUAGUCAAAGAUGAUGAAGCGACUUACGGAAAUGUGAAUUCUUCCACAGUCAAAGACGAUGAUGUGACCUAUGGCAAUGUGAUUUCCCGGACUUCUCCAAGAGUUGAUGGGGUGAUUUACAGCACCGUAAUGAAAGAGUAAGAGUUUAUCCAGGUCAGGGUAGAUCCAGAGCCAGUCCUGAGAACACUAGAUGCAAUGCACUCGAUCCGCUGCUUGGGAGAUUACAACAGUCCACGCGUUCAUACACUGGUUCACACCAAGGGGCACAUUAGAGAAGCCAAUCUAUGUUCAAGCAAGUUUUUUGUGGGAAGGAGAAACCAACACAGAACUCAGGUCAAUCUCGGGACCCUGAAGACUUUGUGUCAUCAUUCAUGCCCAUGGACUUUUGUUUUGUGGUCCUACUGCAAGAGAUACUUUGUGGCAAUGUCUUAUAUAGAAAUAUUAAUGAUUUCCUGCAGAUGGAUCAAUUGAUUUAUCUUUAAAGGCCAGUUUAUGCUGGAUGAAGCUUUUUUUGGACUCACUGUCUCAUGCAGUGCUGGAGCCGUGUGCUUGUGACAAUGACAUUUGAUUGUGCUAGUAAAUAAACUGUCCAGCAUGUGUCACCAUAGGCCAAGGGUUUGUUAUGGGAAAGUUUGUUGCCAAUAUAUGCUUUUAAGGCACAUUUUUAAGGUUGGGGUUCAGGUUAACAUGUGGUCUUUGGUAUGGACACUAAUGUAACUUUAUUUUUUGUCACAUAUAUUGUACAUUACAGCACAGGGAAAUUCUUUUCUUCACAUAUCCCAGCUUUGGAGGUUGCCGUGACUUUGUGCCUCUGGAGCAGAGGGGGUUAAAGGGCUUGCUCAAAAGCCCAACAGUGGCAGCUUGAUGGUGCUUUGAACCGCAACCUUCCAAUCAAAAACCCAGAGCCUUAACCACUCGAGAUACCACUGCCCCCAAGUGACGGUUUCUUAUAUAAUUCACCCGUUUGCAUAGAACUCAAAUUUGGUCUACCAAAGUGGUCUACCACAUCUCUGAUGUACACAGCUUUCAUUUUUCGCUCCCUUAUUCAUAUUUCACUUGUAAUAAUAAUUUAAACUUUGUAUUUAAAGGUAUAAUUAUUUUGUAUUUGGAUGUAUUAUUACUUUUUCUGAUAUGUACUCUUUAAAUGGAUUUUGAAUGUUGCAUAAAUAAAGAUUAUACCGCA